CGUCCGGCCGCAGAGUAUAAGAGGCAGCUGUGGGGAGGGCGGCCCUUCUCUUUUCUCCGGAGGGGGAACACCUGCGGGGCCGGGAUGGAGAAGAACCACCUCCUCCACGGGGUGCAGGGCAGGUCUUAUCUGGGAAUCUCUGGGAAGAACGGCAAAGGCGCCGUGGUCGGCUACGUUCCAGACCUCAGUGCCAUCGAGCUGGGCCUGAAGGGGAACCAGCACUGCCAUUCCAGUUGGGCCACCAGCAGCGGCUAUGACGUUGAGAAAGAGAGGGCUCGCCGGAAGCUUUAUCUCGCCUCGGUCAUCUGCUUGGUCUUCAUGACCGGGGAAGUUGUGGGAGGAUACAUUGCCCAUAGCCUGGCUAUUAUGACAGAUGCUGCCCAUCUCCUGACUGACUUUGCUAGCAUGAUGAUCAGCCUUUUCUCUCUCUGGAUGUCAUCUCGUCCUCCCACCAAAACCAUGAACUUUGGCUGGCACCGUGCAGAAAUUUUGGGAGCCCUCCUGUCUGUGUUAUCCAUUUGGGUAGUAACUGGUGUCUUGGUCUACUUAGCGGUGCAACGGCUCCUCUCGGGAGAUUACGAAAUCGAAGGGAGCGCCAUGCUUAUCACCUCCGGUUGUGCUGUGGUAGUGAACAUCAUAAUGGGAAUCUCCCUCCACCAGUCGGGACACGGUCCUGGCCAUCACAGCCAUAGCCAUGGGGAGGGGAGGCAGAACACCAGUGUCCGAGCGGCCUUCAUCCAUGUGGUCGGGGACCUUCUGCAGAGCAUUGGAGUCUUGGUCGCAGCCUACAUCAUUUAUUUCAAACCAGAAUACAAAUACGUAGAUCCCAUCUGCACCUUCCUAUUUUCCAUCCUGGUCCUUGGAACCACUCUGAGCAUCCUCCGAGACGUUGUCCUGGUGCUCAUGGAAGGAACCCCCAAAGGUGUGGAUUUCAACAACGUGAAGAUGACCCUGUUGUCGAUCAAUGGGGUGAAAGCCCUCCACAGCCUCCAUAUCUGGGCUCUCACGGUGUCUCAGCCUGUCCUCUCCGUCCACAUUGCCAUCAACGAAGACUCAGAUGCUCAGACAGUGCUGAAGGAAGCUAGUUCCCGACUGCAGCGAGCCUUCAAUUUCCACACGACGACCAUCCAGAUCGAGAACUACUCUGAGGACAUGAAAGACUGCCGGGCCUGCCAGAGCCCCUCCGACUGAGCCUUGUGGCAAAAACCUGUGGAUGGAUGCCUGUCCUUUUCGACGAAGCUGCUACCUCGGAGUUUCUUUCUGACUUUGGGACCAAUCGUGGCCAAAAAUAACUCACUUGUACCUUGCAACAAACCGUCCUUGGUUUGUUUGGGAGCCAAGCAAAGAAACACUGUCCCUUUCCCGUUCUCUUGUAGUGUUUCCCCCCCUUCUGUUCCUUUUGUGUCUUUGUUAGUCCUCCUCUCUCUUUCCAUAAAUUUUAAGAAUGUGAAAUGAAACAGCAAGAUUUA